AUGUCGUUGCUCGCCACGGCCACUCCCACCACUUCCUCCCACUUCCCCGCACCCCCUCCCUCCUUCCACAUGCCCCGCAGGAACCUCACCGCCCCAGUCCACCGCAUCCGCCGUUCGCGGCUGUUGACCGUCGUCGCCUCCGUCCCCGACCCCUCGGCGGGGCCUGUGGAGUACACGCCUUGGCUCUUCGCCGGCCUCGGCAACCCAGGCAACAAGUACUACGGCACGCGGCACAAUGUGGGGUUUGAGAUGGUAGAUCGCAUCGCGGGGGAGGAGGGGAUCACGAUGAACACAAUCCAGUCCAAGUCGCUGCUGGGAAUUGUGAGAAGCCAUGCAGUUUACUUAGUCCUUAUUGUACUACCAAGACCAUCACAGGAAAUGCCCUGA